UCUGGCAGCCAGAAAGUCGUGGAAGUUUGCAGGGGAGAGAGCAGGAGCCGCAGCCCGGACCAUGAGCCCCUCCAGAGCCUGCACCCUGCUCCUCCUGGUCACCAGCAAUGUCCUCCUGACCCUGCAGACCACGGAAGUCAUGCUGUUGGAUUUUGAGAAGAUGAAGGGAGAGAGCGGCUGGCUCACCAACCCAUUUGGGAAAGGGUGGGAUCUCCUACCGGACUGGAGGAACGGGAGCGCCAUCUUCAUGUAUACCGUCUGCAACGUGCAAGAAGGCGAGCAGGAUAACUGGCUACGCACCAGCUGGAUCUACCGCAGCGAAGCGCAGCGCAUCUUCAUCGAGCUGCACUUCACCGUCCGCGACUGCAACAGCUUCUCUGGCGUUUCGGGGUCCUGCAAAGAGACUUUUAACUUGUACUAUAUGGAGUCGGACGUGGACGUCGGCAUCAAUUUUCAGAAGAGACUCUUCCGUAAGAUCGAUACAGUUGCGCCCGACGAAAUCACGCUGCAGGAAGACAUCAAUUAUCGCAACCUCAAGCUAAACGUUGAAGUGCGGUCGGUGGGAAAGCUGACCAAGAAAGGGUUCUACCUGGCCUUCCAGGACAUCGGCGCCUGCGUGGCGCUGCUCUCUGUCCGUAUCUACUACAAAAAGUGUCCAGGGGUUGUACAAGGAAUGGCGCUGUUCCCGGAGACUGUCGCAGGUGCCGACUCUCAGUCCCUGGCAAAGGUUACAGGAAAGUGUGUGGAAAACUCUGUGCCGGUUGGUGGAGACGAUCCUAGCAUGCAUUGCAAUACAGAUGGAGAAUGGCUGGUGCUCAUCGGACAGUGCCUCUGUGAGGCUGGAUACGAGAAAGUCGGGAACACCUGUCAAGUAUGUAAAGCAGGUUACUUCAAAGCGGACGCCUCCAACAGCCCCUGCCAACUCUGCCCCGACCACACCGAACCAUCUUCGGAAGGUGCCACUUCCUGUAUGUGUCAAGAUGGCUACUUUCGAGCUACAGCGGACCCCAUCUCUUCUUCUUGCACAAGUUCCCCAUCAGCUCCUCGUGACCUCACAGUUGCCGGCUCUGGGUCCAAGGUAAUGCUGCACUGGUUGCCUCCCAGUAACAAUGGAGGCCGUGAAGAUGUCAUCUACGUAGUCACUUGCGAGCAGUGCUUGCCCGACCAAGGAGAAUGCCAGCCGUGUGAUGCCAGUUUACGGUACUCUGAAGAUCCUCAACACCUGAGAGGGACGUCCCUGACCAUCGCUGACCUGGAGCCUCACCUGAACUACACUUUCACCGUAGAGGCCCGGAACGGAGUGUCCGGCCCCAGAUCUGGCCGCAGCUACACAACUCUGCGCGUCGCUGUCGACCAGACUGAGCCCCCCAAAGUGACUUCUGUGAACUUGGACAAUCGCGGCAAGAACUCUCUCAGCCUGUCCUGGUCCAUUUCUCAUCGUCAGCAGAAUCGGAUCUUGCGUUAUGAAGUGGCCUAUAAUAAAAAGAAUGAUGAGAAAAGUUACACCGUCCACAGAUGUGAGGGGAACUCUGUAACACUCGCAAAACUUUCCCCAGGCACAACUUACAUUGUCCGCAUCCAGGCCCAAACUCCAGAAGCGGCAGGGAUGUACAGCAUGGAAUAUGAGUUUGAUACCCUCCCUGAAGAGCCCGAAGGUACAAAUCAGACGGCCAUUAUCGCAGGGGCAGCGUCCGGCGUCGUCAUCAUUGUGGUCGUCAUAUUAUUUGUGAUCUUUCUCCAUCGCAGCAGAAGAAACGGUCGCAGUCGCCAGUCCGCUGAAGACGUCUAUUUCUCCAAAUCCGAGCAACUGAAACCUCUCAAGACCUACGUAGACCCCCACACGUAUGAAGACCCUAACAAGGCUGUGCUAAAGUUUACCACCGAGAUCCCUCCCAAUGCCGUCACCCGGCAAAAAGUGAUUGGUGCAGGGGAGUUUGGAGAGGUUUAUAAAGGGAUUCUCAAGCUGCCUGGAAAGAAUGAGAUUCCCGUGGCCAUUAAAACUCUGAAAGCGGGAUAUACAGAGAAGCAGCGCACAGAUUUCCUGAGCGAAGCCAGCAUCAUGGGGCAGUUCUGUCACCACAACAUCAUCCGCCUGGAAGGAGUCGUGUCCAAAUAUAAACCGAUGAUGAUCAUCACCGAGCACAUGGAAAAUGGAGCACUGGACAAGUUUCUGAAGGAUAAUGACGGAGAGUUCAGUGCCAUCCAGCUGGUGGGCAUGCUGCGAGGAAUCGCUGCCGGGAUGAAAUAUCUCUCUGAAAUGAACUAUGUUCACCGGGACCUGGCGGCUCGAAACAUCCUAGUGAACAGCCAGCUGGUCUGCAAGGUCUCGGACUUCGGACUGUCAAGAGUCUUGGAAGAUGAUCCAGAGGCCACAUACACAACCAGUGGUGGCAAGAUCCCAAUCCGCUGGACGGCUCCCGAAGCCAUCUCCUACAGGAAGUUCACUUCCGCCAGUGAUGUGUGGAGCUACGGCAUCGUUAUGUGGGAAGUGAUGUCUUAUGGUGAACGACCCUACUGGGAGAUGUCCAACCAGGAGGUCAUGAAGGCUAUUAACGAAGGAUUCCGUCUUCCUGCCCCUAUGGACUGUCCAUCCGCCAUUUACCAGCUAAUGAUGCAGUGCUGGCAACAAGAACGCAACCGGCGGCCCAAGUUCCCAGAUAUCGUCAGCAUUCUGGACAAGCUGAUCCGAGCCCCCGACUCUCUGAAAACAUUGGCUGACUUUGACCCAAGGAUCUCCAUCCGUCUACCCAGCACCAGCGGAUCAGAGGGGAUGCCCUUUAGAAGCAUCGCUGAGUGGUUAGAAUCCAUCAAGAUGCAGCAAUACACCGAGUCUUUUAUGUCCUCACAGUUCAACACCAUGGACAAAAUCAUCCUGAUGCACCAAGAUGAUGUCAAACAGCUGGGAAUCCGCCUCCCAGGUCACCAGAAACGCGUAGCCUUCAGUAUCCUGGGGUUGAAGGAACAGGCCAGCCAAAUGGGGAUCCCCAUCUAGGUGCCAGCAGCUGGGACGUGCCGAAGAACUGGUGAAGUCACUUUGGAGCUUCACCCUCGUUACUGGUGACCAAACUUUCCUCAAACUGCAGGAACCCCGACAUAUUGAAAGACCAGGACCAACAUGUGCUGCUCAGAGGGCCGCUCUGGCUUUUUUUUUGGUUGUUGCUUUUGAUCUGUGGUGCUGGUUUGCCAGUUGGGAGUUCUCCAGGGUGAGGGAGGUGAUGUACAUAGUAUCUCGAGGACCCCUCAUUGAGCUGCCACAUGCAGACGUCUUCAUUGUGACUUCUCCUGUAAUGGUUAACCCUGCCGAUUGUACGCAGCUCCACUGCAGAAUGUGCUGCUGAAUAUGAGAGCACUUUCCCAUGUUCUAUGAAUUUACAUUUUCGGAUAAGUCAUAGAGCUCUGCUAGUGGAGAGAUCCCACCGUGGUCCCUGCAGAGACGCAAACAUCUGGCCUACUACAUAGAACGGCAUUGUUGGUAUUGGGUUUUGCACCUGCAAUUUAAAUUGAAAAGAGGAGAAGUGAACUUUUUGAUGUGCAGCCGCGGUUGCUUUGACAUGGUACGAGCCGGGAUCCACAUUUCAAGAGCACAAAUGUAAGAUUUGCUGCCAGUUUGCAGUGCGUGCUCUGUCCCAGGUUUCCAGUAGCCUAAUCAGGCCUUAUAACUUUACCUCCACCCUUUCCCCAUAAAGACUGCAGAGGCCAAAGCUAAAGCUCCUUCCUCCUGCCCUCCCCGGAUCCUGAUCACGUCUGCUCCUUCCUAAUAUUGUUCAGGAAAUUGCACAGCAGUUUUAUUGAGCCCGAUCCCCCCUCCUGCCCGGAGCACAGCACAAGUGCCAUCUUUAUGUGAACUGAUCCUCUCACAGAGGUUUCCAGGUCCGGGGGCGAUGGGCGUGCAGUGCGACGGGUGCCUUUCCCCCCCGACCGCCUCGCUCUACAAGUGCCUGAUAACCGUUUUUCAUUUUCUAACUUAUUCUCGUGCCUUUUUGUAUGCGCUUCUUGCUCCAGUGUUAAUGCUGUACAUUUGUAUUGUAAUAAUUUAUUUUUUUAUAUUUAUUAAUAGGUUUUCUGGAUGCUGAGUAUAAGUUUUCUCAGAAAUAAACCUGCACAAUAGUUUUUCA